GGCACAAUCUUAAAGGGUGGAUGUAACAACAUAACAGGGUUGAACAGAAGUACAGAGACAAAGCCAUAAUAUACACAAAGCUUUCGGUUCUUUAUUUAAGUACAAUAUAGUUGAAGACACCUAAUGCCAUGUUCACACAGCAGCAGAAUAUGGUUGUCGGUCCUGUAUUUGAGUCAUCAAUAUGGUUGCAUUCAUACACAAUUAAUUUAUUUACAGAAUUGACAACUGCAUUCUGUAACCAAACUCACACCCAUAAAGUUUAAGGACUUACAACCAUAUUUUCGGCAAAGCCCUGCUAUGUGAAGGGAACUGUAUGAACAACUAGUUGUCUGUCGUGUCACACAGCAGCCUCAAAUGUGCCAAGACUUAAAAAGAGGUCCGUUUUGUGUUGACAUUUAAAGCUGCAUGAGAAGUAAUGCUCCUAUAACUAUAUUUUGAAAUAACUGAACAUAACUUGAGUCAUGUUUUUCUGUAUCAAGUCCUAUGCAACCAUUGUAAAAUGAACAACAGUUUCAGUUGUUGGAUUUCUUUAUAAAUUUGGCUUCUUUAUAAAUGUGGCCCCAUGCUCAGUUUCUGUAAACACUGCUACUUUUACAUCUGAAAUAUUAUUGGUUUAUUUUCAAAUAGUUGUGUUAACACUCCUGUUAUUAUUUCAGUCCAGGUUCAGUCACAUUCCCUAACAUGUUGGAACAGAAAACUCAGAAUGAUGGCAGAGACGAAAUCAGGUGUUUCCAGUUUCAACUGACAGCUCAGGGUUCUUAUUGACAGCUUGCUGAGGGGAAUAAUGUCUUACAAUCCCAAAAUCUUAUCUCUGUUAUCAUCUUUAGGUGCAUGUUUCUAGGUCUGGUUUUGCAGUGUAAGUAAUGCAGCCAUCAUAACUACAGAUGCUGUUCAUCAUCAGCUUUUAUAGAAAUUUUCCUGAGUAUCUAUUUACAUUCCUUCCAUCCGUCCUUCCCUCCGUCCCUCCCUCUUUUGCUCAUUCUCACAAGGCUUCAUAUUUAUUUGUUUCUUGCCUUCUCUGUCCUGAUUAUUCAUUUUGUAUUAUGUCUUGAGUUUGGUGCUAGCGUUUGAACACAUGGCAUGUGAUGGCUAUUACACCGUCCUCAUUAUUCCUCUCCAGAACAGCCUCUACAGCCCUGACGCACUGCACUGCUUCCACUGGCUAAAGAGACGUAGAGAUCUGGAAAGACAAAAAGACGUCCUGUGGGCUGGACUGCAGGUUGUGGAACAAACACAGCUGUGGUACCAGAAUCGCCUGAAGCUGAAUUUACAAAGGCAAGUUAGUUUCAGCACAGGAGACUUGGAUGGAGAGGGCAGGUGGUCCUGCGCUAUGCGGUCUUGUAUGCAGCGUGUGAAUGGCAGUCUGGGUAAUCUGAUUAGUGACUCCUGUGUCUGGAACAAUCUGGCCCCAGAGGAGAGUGGAGGAUCGGACUGGGACCUCCGGUGGAGCAAUGCCACAUUGGUCAAGGAAGUGAAUCAGCAGAAUCAACAGAUUUCCAUGUUGGAGCUUGAGAAGGCACAACUUCUUCAGCAGCUGGUGUUUUACAGCACACCUGAUUGAUGACAUCCGCACAUUUUCAACUUUAAUUACAAAAGGGUUUAAUUCAAAUCACACAGUUAACGGUAAAUAGUUAAAAAUGCUUUGAAAAGACUGAAUGUUAAAAUUAAUUUAAGCUCUGGUAUAC